GCCACCCGGACAGAGAACGCAACAGGUCUAAUCUUGGAUAGUCUCAAACAAGCUUUUUUGACAUAGAAUUCAAAUUACUGUUGCUGAAAUUAAUUUUAUAAUCUUAAAAUUAUUAUUUUGACAAAAAGUAGAGCAACUGUAAGAAAAGAUGAUUAGAAUAGCAAUGGAACACGUAAAGAAGCAUCCAGGGCUCAUCCCCCAGUUCUUCUUCAUCUUGUUGGGAAUGGGAGGAGCCUCCUUGUAUUUGGUCCGUCUUGCAAAGGGGCCCCAUGUCACCUGGAACAAGAAGAACAACCCUGAGCCGUGGAAUCAGCUUGACCCUACCUACCAGUACAAGUUUGUGGCCAUCGAUACUGACUACAAGAACCUGAAGAAGGAGGGACCUCAAUUCUGACUAUCUUCCCUCUAUCCUAACGGCACCAAGUCCAGCCCGAAGAACGUCACUGAAGAAUUCAAAUCUGAGAAGAAUUUGUCUCUCAACGCUUCUAAUGUAUACAAAUAUUGGGAGAUUGAUCCAUAAUGUUGAUGAUCAAAUCUAUACAUUUGUCUGUUUGUUUUAUCAUAAACACUUCAUUGUUAUUUUGACAGCCGCUAAAUUUAACAAUGAAUGUGCGCAUUAUGAAAAGAGGCAGGAGUGUGCAUAGAUUUGUUCACCAAAUUACAGCGAACAAAAAUAUAAAAAUGCAACAUGCAACAAUUUCAAAAAUGUUACUGAGUUACAGAUCAUAUAAGGAAAUCAGUCAUUUGAAAAAAAUGUACCUGGCCUUUUGGAUUCUAGCUUGAAAUAUACUUAUUCAUGUUACCAUUCCAGAACUUAGUGAUUACUUUACAUGCAGGGGUGGGUAGGUUACUUUCUAAGUGUAAUCCGUUACAGUUACUAGUUACCUGUCCAAAAUUGUACUCAGUAACAUAACUUUUGGACUACUAUUAGAUUACUUUCCACUUAAGAGGCAUUAGAAGACAAAAUGUAUGUUACCAAUUGAACGACAUCUAUUGCAGAAUAAAUCCAUGUUGAAGUUUACAUAGCUGGCCAUAUAUGGAUGUUAAAUUUUACUUUAUGGGUUGGUUAUGUAGGCUUCUUCUAACCCAUCACUUUCUACUGUGUAUAAUAAUACGAUAACAUGAUGUCUUUACAUUAAGAAUCAAAGUCUUUAAGAAUUCCAGUCAUUCCAAUAAAUGUUAUACCCCUUGAACUUCAGGAAUAGAAUACAUUAAGUGUCACC